ACUUGCAAGCGGCCAUCUUGCUACUCUGCUGGCAGACUCUCCCGUUGGGGUCACAGGGACGCUAAGAGUGCAGCAGGUCCCUUUCUUACCAUGUUGUCCCGGGUGGUACUUUCUGCCGCCGCCACAGCGGCCUCCUCUCUGAAGAACGCAGCCUUCAUAGGUCCAGGGGUGAUACAGGCAACAAGGAUCUUUCACACAGGGCAGCCAAGUCUUGCCCCGGUACCACCUCUUCCUGAAUAUGGAGGAAAAGUUCGCUUUGGGCUGAUCCCUGAGGAAUUCUUCCAGUUGCUUUAUCCUAAAACCGGUGUCACAGGACCCUACGUGCUUGGAACUGGGCUGAUCUUGUAUUUCCUGUCCAAAGAAAUAUAUGUGAUUACCUCAGAGACCGUCUCUGGCGCAGCACUAGCAGUGUUGGUCAUCUAUGCAGUUAAAAAAUAUGGUGCCGUUAUUGGACAAUUUGCCGAUAAACUCAGUGAGGAAAAAAUUGCCAGGCUAGAAGAAUUUAAGCAGUCUUGCAUCAGAUACGCCGAGGAUGGGAUUGAUUUCGAGAAGGAAAAGCAGGCAGUGGUUCAGAAACGCCAUUACCUUUUUGAUGUGCAGAGGAAUAACAUUGCUAUGGCCUUUGAGGUUGCUUACCGGGAACGGCUGCACACAGUAUACAGGGAGGUAAAGAAUCGCCUGGACUAUCACAUCUCUGUGCAGAAUAUGAUGCGUCGAAAGGAACAAGAGCACAUGAUAAACUGGUUGGAGAAGAAGGUGGUGCAGAGUAUCUCUGCACAGCAGGAAAAGGAGACAAUUGCCAAGUGCAUUGAAGAUCUAAAGCUGCUCGCAAAGAAGGCUCAGGCACAGCCAGUUAUGUAAAUAUAUCUGUCCCAAUUGAGACAGCUAGAAACAGUCGACUAAAUGGAAAAUAGUCUAUGUGACAAAAUCGUUCUUUGUAUGUUGCUGUCUACUGAAGUUACAGUUUAUCUUAACUAAAAAUGAAGUUUGAGUUUGAUAUACUGAGAGAAUAAAACACAAUCGUUGGCCAGUA